AUGAGCCCCGAGGGCGAGCUGUCGGACGGUGUGAGCGGCUCCACCCGCUCCUCUGCCCGCCCCUCCACCCGUGGCGCGGGGAAAGGUCGCCAGAAGGCUGGGGAAAGCCGACGCUUUGUGGGGAAGGACGGGCGCUGCCACGCCACCUUCCGGCAGCCACCGGGGGAGUGGGGGCUGUACAUGACGGACAUCUUCACCACGCUGGUGGAGAUCCGGUGGAGGGUGAUGCUCCUGGUCUUCUCCCUCUCCUACAUCCUGUCCUGGCUCUUCUUUGGCCUGCUGUACUGGGUGAUCGCCCUGGCACACGGGGACCUGUCACAGCCCGGGAACCCGCCGUGCGUGGAGAACGUACGCAGCUUCACCGCCGCCUUCCUCUUCUCCAUGGAGACACAGGCCACCAUCGGCUACGGCUUCCGGGGAAUGACGGAGAACUGCGCCGAGGCCAUCACCGUGGUGACCGUGCAGGAUGUUCUCAGCUGCCUCAUCGACGCGGCGGUCAUCGGCGUGGUCGCAGCCAAGAUGGCUUCGGCCCGCAAAAGGGCACAGACGGUGGGCUUUAGCCGCGUCGCUGUGGUGAGCGAGCGGGACGGCCAGGCGUGCCUUUCCUGGCGGCUGGGUGACUUCCGCGGGAACCACCUGCUGGAGGGCGUGGCCCAGGCGCAGCUCAUCCGACGCAGGCUCCGCCCCUCGGGGGGCGUGGCUCUGUCCUACCAGGACCUGGAGGUCCAGUCCGAGCACAUCCUCCUGGCUGCCCCGGCAACCAUCGUCCACAGGCUGGGGCGGGGCAGCCCGCUGUGGGGGCUGGGCCCGGAGGACCUGCGCAAGGAGGACUUCGAGCUGGUGGUCACCUUCACCUACACAGGUGACUCCACAGGUGUCCUGCAUCAGACCCGCACCUCCUACACGCCGGCGGAGAUCCUCUGGGGCCACCGCUUCCAGGACGUCCUGAAGGUGGGGAGGACGCACUACAGGGUGGACUACAGCCUGUUCCACCAGACCGUCACCACUGCAUCGGGGUCAGGGGUCAACGGCGGAACAAAUGAGAGGACACUGCACCUGCCGUCCACCGAACUGCAGGCCACCAGCACAUAUCAGGAGGCCUGGCUGUAA